CUAUUCAUCAUUUUAUUUAUCCAAACAAAUUUACCUUUAGUUGUAACAGGCAUUAAAAUGAACAAAACAUUGAAUAAAACACGGGUGGUUUAAUAUUUUUUUGUUUCUCUUUACAAUAUGUUUUGUCGACAUCUAGUGGAACAAAUAAAGCAUUGCAUUAAUAACUCUAGGCCUGCGUCACAUCCGCUCUUCUUCCUGUUUAUUUAUUUCUAACUAACGUUAGCGCCCAUGUACCAGCACCGCAUUGAAUUAAAUAUUUUGACAACAUAUUGAAGAGUCUUUGUUUCCCGUGGAAACAUUGGAAGCAGCAGUAUAGCUGAUUAUCCUCUAUAAUGGAGUUUCUACUAAACCCUGCUGAUGGCAGGUAGUCUGCCAGAAUGCUCCAUCGUUUUACACAACCAUGAAGCAUAAUCCGGUUGCCUGAUUAACUUCAACUUCUCCACUGGUGUUCUAAGUGACCCAGCAAACGCAUGUCGCGCAUCAGGACCACACUGGACAGCGUCACCAAGGCAGUAGGCAGCACGGACCUCAUCUCCAAGUUCUCCCGCCUCAAGCCUGGCAGUGGCACAGUCGACAGCAGCAAUGUGGAAAAGGUCCUGGGCAAAGCUGAGACCUUAACGUCUAACACAGCUACAGCCUCACCACCUGAAACCACCAUGAAAGAAGAAGAAGAAGAAUGCCAGACAAAGGCAGCUGAAGAAGAACCAGACAAGCCGAGGCAGCAAAUGACAGAAAAUCCCUUUAUUGCCACAAAGAAGUCGACAUCCAGUUUAGCUUCUGCAGCAAAUGUGUCUGCAUCAAGCUCUUCCUCCACUGUUGCAAAACAAACCAUGCAGCUGUUUCACCCAGCAGCUCUGUCCACCAACAUGGAUGAGACCUACAAAACUCUGGCUCUGCACAUCAAUAGUUACUUUGGCACCAGCACCAAAGAGGAAGGAGACAACGGGCUACCACAGCAGCAGCAGAAUCAGCAGCAGCAGCACAGAGAAGGAGAGGAUCCUGUUCCUGAGCCCACCCUCAGUGCCAUACCUGGAACAACUAAGGACCACAUUCCUAUUUUGUCUUCAGUGGCAAAGGCUAAAAGUAUUGAAACACCCGCUACCUCUCCUUCCCCUCCUCCUCCAUCUCCAUCAGAGAAGCUCAGUCCUCCAGCAGUGUCUCCAUCCUCCGCCAUUCCUCCGACUCAGAGUGCAGCUCAGUCCGUCCCCGCUCCCGCCACCUCCCCUAAAAAAGGCUUCACCCACUAUCUGUCCUACCCUCGGCCCAGCGUUCAAGCGUUUGUCGGCAGCUACAUCGCUCCCCUGGUUCCCAAAUUCAGAAGCGAUUCCAAAAGCAUUGCAGCUGAAAAAGAGAAGUGUUCAGCAGUCGCUGUGGAGGAGCCCACUGUGGACAAGUCAGGAGAGAAGACAGACAAUGAAGAGGAGAAAGUGAAGCAACAGCUGUUGAGUCAAAGAGAGAAGAUAAUAGCCAGGGUGAGUGUGGACAACAGGACCAGAGGUCUGGUGAAAGGCCUGCAGAGAGUCACUGAUGUCAAGCUCCUCACCAGUCGAGUUGAGGAGCUCAGCUUCCACCUCCUGGAGUUCCCUGAGACAAGAGGUGUAGCUGUCAAGGAGAGCGUGCUGCCCUGCCUGCUGCGGUUACGCCAGGCCCGAGACCUUCCCCUGCAGGCUGCUGUGAGGGAAGCACUGGCGCUGGUUGGAUACACCGAACCUGUCAAAGGCAGAGGAAUCCGGGUCCUGUCCAUAGAUGGAGGCGGAACAAGGGGACUGCUGGCUCUGCAGACUCUCCAUAAACUGCAGAACCUGACUGGAAAACGCAUCCACCAGCUGUUUGACUACAUCUGUGGAGUCAGCACAGGUGCUAUUUUGGCCUUCAUGCUGGGAAUUUUUCAGAUCCCCUUGGAGGAGUGUGAGGAGAUGUACAGGAAGCUGGGCUCGGACGUCUUCAAACAGAACGUGAUUGUUGGAACUGUAAAGAUGGGCUGGAGCCAUGCUUUCUAUGACAGCGAAAUAUGGGAAAACAUCCUCAAAGAGCGGAUGGGUGAGGGGCGUAUGAUUGAGAGUGCCAGAGACCCACACUGCCCUAAAGUGGCAGCAGUGAGCACCAUUGUGAACAGGGGAACACCUCUGAAGGCCUAUGCGUUCAGGAACUACAGACUCAUGCCUGGAGUGAGAUCCCACUACCUUGGAGACUGCAACCACAAAAUGUGGCAGGCUAUCAGGGCCUCAUCUGCUGCUCCAGGCUACUUCCAGGAAUUUGUCCUGGGAAAAGACCUCCAUCAGGAUGGAGGACUCCUGAUCAACAACCCCACAGCGCUGGCCAUCCAUGAGUGUAAGUGUCUGUGGCCCAACACUCCGGUUCAGUGUGUGUUGUCUCUGGGCACCGGGCGCUUCGAGACGGCCGGCAAGAACAGCACAGCCUUCACCAGCCUGAAGACCAAGCUCAGUCACGUCAUCAGCAGCGCCACAGACACGGAGGAGGUGCACACCAUGCUGGACGCCCUCCUGCCCCCUGACACCUACUUCCGCUUCAACCCCUACAUGAGCGAGGACAUCCCGCUGAACGAGAGCCGCGUGGAGAAGUUGAACUUCCUGAAGAGCGAGGGGGAGCGCUACCUGGAGCGCAACGAGGCCAAGCUGAGGAAGGCAGCCAGCGUGCUCUGCCAGGAGAAGAGCUCCAUCCAGAGACUGGCUGAGUGGGCCAAGCUCAAAGGAGACAUGUACCAGGGUCUGCCCUUCAGCUCCAAGCUGUAGCUAUCGCCACGGCAACAGUGUGAACACAAGUGAGUUUUUAAGGUAAGAAGACAAUGACAGACCUGAUGGAGCAGGGGGCAAACUGGAAACUUUAUUUUAAAUUAUCUCGGUGGAAAAUUUGGAGUGAAAUGACAAAUUAUUUGUGAUCAUCAUCUACGGACACUAAAAGGACUGUUUGAGAAAUUCCUAACUACUGUUUACUGUUAAUUAUAGUGAGACAUUACAAAUGUGAUGUAAUUUAUUCUUUGUGGGACAGAAUGUGCCAAUGAUGGAGACUGAAUAAUGGACUUUAAAAAGAACUCAGCGGGUUUUGACGCUAUGAUGAAAUCAUUCACUUGAAUGAUCACAGAAAGGAAAUGUAUGUAUACAGGUGCAUCUCAAUAAAUUGGAAUAUCAUAAAAAAGUUUAUUUAUGUCAGUAAUUAAAUUCAAAAAUUGUAAAUAACACAUUAUAUGGAUCCAUUACACACAGAAUGAAACAUUCCGUGUCUUCAUUUAUUUAAUUUCUUCUAGUUAUAAUUAUUAUGGCUUACAUUUAAGGAAGACCUAAAAUUCAGUCUCUCAAAAAAAAGUUAAUAUUGCAAAAGACCAGUUUUAAAAAGUAUGUUUAAUAUGGAAAUGUUGGCCUCUUAAAAGUAUGUCCAUCUAUAUGACUCAAUGAACUACUGGAAAUGGACUUUUCCAUCAUAUUCUAAUUUAUUGAGAUGAUCCUGUCGAUAAAUGAAUUAAUUUUAGGUUGUGUAAAAGUGUUGGUUGACUGAACGCACAGAGACGGUAAUGUGGCACUAACACAUAUUAUCAAGCAUUAAUGGUAAUAUGAUAACUGUAGUUAUUUUGUGAAAACUGAUGUUAAUUUGCAUUUUCAGUGACUUGAAUACAUUACAAUGUAAUUAAUACAUGGUUGCACAUUGUAAACAUAAACAUGCCUAUUUCUUACAGAAGAAAGACCUCAUGCACUUUGUAAAAUAGAAUUCUUAACGAGGAAAAUGUAAAUAAUAUUUAAAGUAAUUAGGAAUCAUUUGAGUGCUCUCGCUAGAAUUUCAGAAAUACUGCUGCUGAUUUAAUUUCACUGUACUGACAAAUACAGACUGAAGCCUGUUUACACUAUUGAUGAUCAGAAUGCAAUCUCUGUUUAUUCCUCCUGGUACGAAGCAUGUUUUCAUUAUUCAGUAUGAAACUUUGACCUUUAACCUGCUCCAGCUUGAAUCCUCAGCCCAGCCCACACUUUAUACAUUAAUCAGACUUGUUUUAGAUUGUGAGAAUCCUAUUUGCCGUGAUUCCUUCCUUCUUUAUUGCUUGGUGGAAUGCAAAAAGUCUUGAAAAAAUAAAUCCUGGGUUUUUAAA